AUGCGUUUCUCCGCCCUCGUUGCCGUCAUUGCGGCUGCCACUCCUCUCGUCAUGGCCGCUCCCUCUGACUUGGACUUGCGCAACGUCGACUGCACCAUCCCCGUUGAGAAGCGCGAGGUCGAGUACUUCUGCUUGGGAAAGCGUAGCUUGGAAAUGGAGGCUCGCGAAAUCGACUGCACCAUCCCCGUUAAGCGCGAGGUCGAGUACUUCUGCUUGGGAAAGCGUGACCUGGGCUUGGACUUGCGUGAAGUCGACUGCACCAUCCCCGCUGAGAAGCGCGAGGUUGAGUACUUCUGCUUGGGCCGACGGGAGGCUGAGUUGGCCGCUUAA